AAGUUCACAAGCAACAAUCGAUGAGCCAGGCCCACAGCGAAGAUGACUCUUUCACAGUCCUUUGCGCUGCUUGUUGCAGCAAACUUCGUUGGAGUUGCCUUCGCUCAGCAACUGUCAGAGCAUCGAAAGCUAAGCCGUAUCGUAGGGGGGCAAGCUAUUCCUGGUCAGUACAUCGUUCAGCUGGAUAAGCGUAUUCCGGAUUCGAAAGGAUUUGCCACCAAGGUACUAAAACGCGCGCUGAAGUCAAAGGUCAUUAACACUUACGACUACGCGUUCAAGGGCUUUGCUGUCGCCAAUUUACCCGAUACAGUUCUGUCUGUUUUGCUGAAUCUCAACGAAGUCCGCGAUAUCUCCGAGGACGGUGUCGUGACAAUUGACGCCAUCCAGAGCAAACCAGUAUGGGGACUCGAUCACAUCGACGGCGUUGACGAUGACAUGUAUGAGUAUGCCUACACUGGUCUCGGCGUCGACGCAUACAUUAUUGACACUGGAAUUCUAGCCAGUCACGCGGAUCUAGAAGGUCGCGUGGCUUCCUGCAUCUCUUUCACCGGCGAAGCGUGUGGAUUUGAUCUGCACGGACACGGGACACACGUUGCUGGUACCGUCGGAUCCAAGACGUACGGUGUAGCCAAGCAAGUAUCGCUUCAUGACGUCAAAGUCCUUAACGUCAAUGGAACUGGAUCAUAUGCCAACCCUCGGCAUCGAAAGCGCUGA